GCGUGCAGGCGCUGGGUGCCUUCGCGCGGAUCAACGGGACUUCCUCUCCAAGCCGGACAAGUCCGGCGCGGGCGCCGUGGACGCCGGCGUGGCGCCCGUGUGCGCCGCGCUGAACGGGCUGGAGCACAUGUUCACGACCUCGUCGUGUGCGGGGCGGGCCAUGCUCUGGCGCGGGGACGAGUCGCCUGCCAAGCGGAGCGGCGCGCCUCCGGUGUCGCGCCUCUGCGUCUCGCACGAGGCCGAGGGCGUGGACGGCCUGCUGGAGGCCGCCGCCGGGCUGGACGCCGCCGGCCCCGCGGUCUGGCUGCGCUUCGAGCCGCUGGUGCUGCACGUGUGCUGCCUGGACUGGGCCGCGUCCAGCUCGCUCGUGGCCGCCGCCCGCGCCGCCGGGCUGAAGCGCGCCGCGGUGUUCGGGCCCGGGGCGCGGCUCCGCGGCGGGGCCGCCGCGAAAGGGGCGCCCGCCGCGCCGAGGGCGUGGCGAGUGGCGGUCGAGGGCGACGAGAGGCUCGAGAUGCCACUGUUCGCCGCCGGGCGCGCGGUGUUUCCCCUCGGCGACGCGGCGCCCCGAGAGUGGCUGCGGGCGGCGCUGCUCCGCAAGUUCGAGCGCAACUCGGCGAAGACGCAGCGCCUGCUGGCCGCCGUGCAGGACAGCCUAGUGCCGCUGGCGGGCCCGGGCGCCGCGCGUGCCGCGCUGGCGCCUGCUCCGCUCGGCCCGGGUCGAGAAGCUCUCGGCGUCCGCCCAACAUACUAA